UACGCGGAGUCAUUUCCUGUAUGUUAUUCGAGAUGUUGUUGGGCACACCAUGUGGACCAAAAAGUUAAGAUCAUUCAUGUAACUUCACUGUAUCAAAGUAAAACGAUAAUAAUGGGUAAGAAGAAAAGGGCGUUCAAUUGGAAAGCAAGGGAACAGCACGACACAGUUGUUGACAGAUCGACUGAGAAGAAGAUCAAGCUUGACACAGAUAUUUUAGGACGGGACGAUGACUUUGAUGAUGACAAUAUGUUGGUUUUGCCUUCAGAAAAAAGAAAAUCAAAAACCACAAAAGAAACUAUUCAAACAGUAAAACGACUUAGCAAAAAGGAACGAAAACGUCUGGAAAAUGUUUUACAACAAAAAGAAAAGAAAGCGAAGAGAGCUGCCAUAUUAGAAUCCCUAGCUAAAGUGCAGGCAAAGCCAGAGGAAAUGCAACAUUUUGUUGGAGUUGCUGCUAUGCAAUCCGGACAUUUAAAAAGAGAAACAGAAACACAACAAAAAAAACUGACAGCUGAUUCCAAAAUCAAUUUUGUGGCUGGCAGUAAUAAAAAGAUUAAACAUAGUCAAGGGGGAGACAACUGUGAAGGUGAUGAUAGCGAUGCAUCUGAGAGUUCGAUUGACACUUCAGACAUGUCAACAGAUGAGGAGGAGGAGGAAGAAGAAGGAGUGUUAGAAACAAAGAUUAGGGAUGAAGUUGUGAAAAAUGAAUCUGAAAAAACUGCAGCCAAAAAUGAAAAACAGGAAAAUGCAAAUGAAGUUAAAGAAAAGUGUGAAAAUAGUAAGAUAGAAAAAAAAGAGAAAGAAGAGAAAGAAAAUAGUAAGCCUGCAGUUAACAUUCCUGUCACAAGGGAUAAAGACAUUCAGGAGACCAGGAUGAAGCUUCCAAUUUUAGCUGAGGAACAAAUGGUAAUGGAGACAAUUAAUGACAAUCCUGUAACAAUAAUUUGUGGAGAAACAGGAUCAGGAAAGACAACUCAGGUUCCACAGUUCCUGUAUGAGGCUGGAUACGCACAUGGUGACAGAAUCAUCGGAGUGACUGAGCCACGUAGGGUGGCAGCCAUAAGCAUGGCUCACAGAGUUGGCAAGGAAAUGAAUCUGUCAACCAGUGAAGUUUCCUACCAAAUCCGUUAUGAGGGCAAUGUUACUCCAAAAACUAAGAUCAAGUUUAUGACGGAUGGUGUGCUUCUAAAAGAAGUUCAAAAGGAUUUCCUGUUGACGAAGUACAGUGUGGUAAUUAUAGAUGAGGCUCAUGAACGCAGUGUGUACACAGAUAUCCUAAUAGGCCUUCUAUCCAGGAUAGUACCUCUCAGACAUAAGAAAGGAUCUCCACUGAAAUUGAUUAUAAUGUCAGCAACACUGCGAGUUGAAGACUUCACUGAUAAUACUAGACUUUUUAGAAUUACUCCCCCUGUUGUGAAGGUGGACUCUCGACAGUUUCCUGUAACUAUACACUUCAACAAGAGGACCCCCAUGGAUAAUACAUAUCUCAAUGAAGCAUAUAAAAAAGUGUGUAAGGUACAUCGUAAGCUGCCUGAAGGAGGUAUCCUGGUGUUUGUUACUGGUCAACAAGAAGUGAACACCUUGUGUCGUAAACUCCGCCAGACCUUCCCAGCUACACAAGGGAGAAAGAAGGAGGAAGAUGUCUCACCUAGUAAAAAGAAGAGUAAAAGAAAAUUAUCUCCAGAGAAAAAGAAUCUCCCUAAGAUUAGUCUUGACAACUAUUCAGUGGAGCCCACUGAUGAGGAAGGGGAGCGAGAGGGUGGUAGUGAUUCAGAGGCUGAGUUUGACGAAGGUUCAGACGGGAGUGAUGAGGACAAUUUAAUGGAGGAAGAUGGUGGCUGUUCUGAGCCGAUGUAUGUACUGCCUCUGUUCUCCAUGCUGUCUUCUGACAAACAGGCGAAGGUGUUUGCUCCACCCCCUGAUGGUUACCGUUUAUGUGUUGUGGCAACCAACGUAGCGGAAACAUCCCUCACCAUUCCAAACAUCAAAUAUGUGGUGGACACCGGGAAGGUAAAAACAAAGUUCUAUGACAAAGUGACAGGUGUGUCUACAUUCCGAAUAACUUGGACGUCCAGUGCCUCAGCCAAUCAGAGAGCAGGACGAGCGGGACGUACCGGGCCCGGACAUUGCUACAGGCUUUACUCCUCUGCUGUGUUUACACACGACUUUGAGAAGUUCUCCCCAGCUGAAAUAACCAGACGACCUGUGGAUGACCUUGUCUUACAAAUGAAGGACAUGAACAUAGAUAAGGUGAUGAACUUCCCGUACCCAACACAACCCGACCCAGAACAACUCAAGGCUGCGGAGAGGUUGCUGGUCUCGUUAGGAGCUCUGACGGCACCUGUGUUACACCCUAAGUCCAGAUUCAAAAGUAAGGAGGAACCAAGUCGGAUCACACCCCUGGGUAGGGCCAUGGCCCACUUUCCUGUUUCACCACGGUACUCCAAAAUGUUAUCCCUUGGACACCAGCACGACCUCCUCCCAUACGUGGUUGCCAUGGUCGCGGCAUUGUCGGUUGCUGAAGUGUUUGUGGAGUUACAUCAGCCUCCAGAUGAAUCGGGGGAGAAAGAGGAUUUUAAGAAGAGAUUACAGCACUUUAAGCAGAUUCAGAAGAUUUGGGCUGGUGCUGGACACUCGCUGUUGCUAGGCGACCUUAUGGUGCUGUUAAAGGCUGUAGGAUCCUGUGAAUACCAGGGCUGUACUCCAGAGUUCUGUCAGAAACACGGGAUACGGUUCAAGGCCAUGAAGGAAAUCAGAAAGCUCAGAGUUCAGCUUACAAACUCAGUAAAUACUGUGAUACCUGAGGCUAACCUUUGUGUUGAUCCAAAACUUGACCCACCUAAUGACCUUCAGUCCAAACUUCUGAGACAAAUUAUCUUAGCAGGCCUCGGGGACCAUGUAGCCAGAAAGUAUCCAGCUCCCCCACCAGGGGCAGAUGAUGAAGCUAAAAAGUUGAAAUAUGCUUAUCAGUGUGCAGAGUUAGAAGAACCGUUGUUUAUCCAUCCUUCCUCGGUACUUUACAGACAAAAUCCACCGUAUGUUGUUUAUCAGCGUAUAGAGGAAACAUCAAGAUUAUAUAUGAAAGGAUUGGUAGCUGUGGAGCCAGAAUGGUUACCAAUAUUCUGUCCUUCACACUGCACAUUUUCCAAGCCUCUGGAUGACCCAGCUCCAGAGUUCGACGAGAAGAAAGGUGAGGUGGUGUGUCAUAUGACAAGUACAUUCAGUCGCUGUACGUGGGCCCUACCUGCUAUAGAAAUGGAGUACCCUCUCACACUGGAAAAGUACAAAUGGUUUGCACGAUUCUUACUGGAGGGAAAAGUUAUACCCGGCCUUGCUAGAUUUACCACCAAGCUGUUGUCAUCUCCUUCGACAAUGGUGAAGACCUGGGCAAAGUUACAGCCGAGGACAGAAGUCCUUCUGAAGAGUCUGGCUGGUGAGGGAGUAGACAGCAGGGACACACUCAUUAACAAAUGGAAAACAGAGCCUACAUAUCUAUUCAAUGCCUUCAGCCAGUGGAUACCCCAGGCAAACCACUUUGAGCUGGAAUCAGUGUGGCCGCCAGUCACAUGACAACCACUUUGAGCUGGAAUCAGUGUGGCCGCCAGUCACAUGACAACCACUUUGAGCUGGAAUCAGUGUAGCCGCCAGUCACAUGACAACCACUUUGAGCUGGAAUCAGUGUAGCUGCCAAUCACAUGAUAACCACUUAAAAUGAUCAAGGUCAUAAUGACCUCUUAGAUCUGCAGCUUGCACAGACUGCAUCAGGACAAACAAGGAUACCAUUCUGGUGAUGGAGGACAUGAAUCUUGACAGGAUGAUUCGUCAAGUCGUCUGGAAAAUAUUAAAACCUGGUAUUUCUCGAGAAACGCCAUUGAUGCUAUCUGGUUGUAUAAUUACAGACAUCUGACUACUUGUUGAGGAUUCUGUGUAUGAAUAAUGUACCAAAUCUGAUCUGACACAUUGCAGGAAGUUGUUCAUUGUGAGAAAACUUCCAUACUGACAGUUACUACAUGACACCAUAGAAAAACAAGGACUCUCAUGUGAUACAUUGUAUAUUGAAGUCUACCUGUGAUGAAUUCAGCUUGAGGAAGCAUUUCUUAACACAUUAUUACAAGGGUGUAUGCUUCCACUAUCCCAGGGACUGUCAUUUCAUGUCAGGCAUAGGGGCUUGACACAAAUUCUCAUCCUACAUUCCAUAUGAAGGGUGGUACAUACCACAAAUAGGUCAAAACAAUACCCAAAAAGGCAUGUGUAGUAAUGAUACUGUAUCAUUAACGCAAGUUUCAAAUCCAUGUCUUUCCUUUUGAUUAGUUACCCAUAAGUGACUGGACUACCAUUUAGGUGGACAGGCAAUUAAUUGUCGAACUUAAUGAACUUUUUUUUAACUUGUCACAAUAUGUGCAAUACUUGGCUAAUUUCUUCAUGUAACCGACCGAUGAGAAAAAUAUUUUCGAAAGAACUCGUCCAAGGGGACAAGUGCCACAUGAGAACCACUCGUCCCUGAACAAGAAUCACUUGUACCUCUGACUUCUAAUUUUCGAUUUAAAAAAAGCACACAAAACCUGCAUAAAUGUUUUCAAUGUUUUAAUCAUUGCUUGUUGUAAUUAAACAAUUUGAACUGCAGUUUUGUGAACCUUUCAUAAAAAAAAGAGUCUAUCGUUCGCUUCGCCAUAGCGACAUUUAAACUGAUGUCUAUAGGCCUAACAGGAACCAACAAGUCGGUUCUAAGAAGUAAAACCUUUUUCCGGACUUUGUUUUUAAUAAAGUUUAAUCCUG